AUGUCAUCGGACAAGAUAGACUCUCGGCCCAAAGCUGUCCUCAAAUCACCCGCAUCUGGUUGUAUUUGUAUCCAGUCGACUGCUGAGUACGGCGCCAAACGCGUGAGGUACGUCAGCAUUGCUUCUACAGUCUCUUUGUCGGCCAGCCUCAUCUUCGUCGAGGCCGUUGUGCUCACCAUCAUCCACAUUCUCAAACCGCCCACACCAACCUAUCUGUUGGCCGGACAGCCGGGCAGCGAUCUAUCGCUGAUUUUCAUCAAUGUCACUCCAACCCCACCACCAAUCCUACCACCGCUGGUACCGGAAGACAUCAGUGAGGGUGGCAGUGAAGGUGGGAGUGCUUUUGACGCCAGCGGAGCCAGCGAAGCGUUGCCGAUGGAGUUGCGCGAACUGUAUGGACAAGCCGAGGUAGUGGUGGGCUUGUCGAGGAACCGGCUCGUAUGCUAUCCCCACCCGUUCAGUCUGGAGUUACUGGCCAGCAUUGUGUUGCCCUGUUUCCUUCUCACAAUGACCACCUUCUAUGCAUUCAAGAUACGCAAAACGCCCAGCGGCUUCAAUGAGGCGCGGGCGAUAGGGUUCGUCAACUACGCCAACUGUGUGCUCAGCCUCCUCACGCCAGUCCUGCUCUACAUUCUCAACCGGACGCCCAGCGAGAUGCUGCCCCUCUGCAUCCUCCUCCUCUUCUCGGCCACCAGCGAGCUGAUUGGCCUUCUCUUCCCAAAGUUAUACGUCGUCCUUAUUCACCCAGAAAAGAACAACAAAUUCAAAGUAAUGAACAAAACCAGAAUGGGAAGCAGUCCAAGCCAACUCGGCUCUUUCCCUGUGGCAACACUAAUGUAG